AUGAGUGACAACCUGUUUGUCAGUUUGGACAGGCUCUUGCUAGAAUUUGUUUUCCAGUAUGAGCAAGACAAAAGUACCAAAGAAGAUGUGAUUCAGAGAAUCAAUAAAUGUUUUGAAGAUAUUAAAGAAAGCAGAGCAGUUAUUUGUAAGAUACGUGAAUCUAUAAAUACAACAGAUGAAGAAAUUGGCUAUUACUGUAAACAUAGCAAGGACAUUAAAGACAACUGUAGUGACUGGAAGCCAACAUGUGAUGUUUUUCAUAAACAUGAAGAUUAUAUGCAGGACCAGUUUACUGCUUAUCAAGAAACUGUUGAAAAAGACAAAAAAAUGUAUCAAGGUUAUGUGUGUCAGUAUAAAGAUGUCUUGAAGCAAUACCAACUAAAAUAUGCAGAAGCUCCCUAUUCACAUGAGUAUUAUGAGAAGAAAAGAGAACAUGAAGAAAUUAAAAACAGAGUGUUGGCAUGCUCUGAACAGCUAAAAGUAAAUGAAAAUAUUCUCAUGGAAUUUCUAGCGCCUGCUCCAUUCCCAUCGCUUACUAAAUGGACAUUACACAUAGUUAAUCUGAGAUGUAAAACCCAAGAAAUUCUUAAGCAUGCUAACAAUUUUAUCAAAAUGUCAUCUGAAUUGAAGAAAGAAGCAGAAGAAUUGGAAAUAGAAAUCAAUUAUUUAAAUCAGAUUGCAAGACUUUAUGAAAAUAAGAAUCUUUCAGAAACUCUGGAAGAAAAGAUCAAAAGUACAGAAAAGAGAAAGGAAUUGAAAGAAAGGAUUUUUGAAAAAGAUGAACACGUAGUUGUAUUGAAUAAAAUUCCUCAAAGCAGUAAAUUAUUUCUCCCUUAUGAAUCUCAGAAAUUAGUAAGACCGAUUAAGAUACAUUCUUCAGAACCAAGAGUUACAGAUAAAAGUGAAGAAAGCUCUGUGAAGCAGUCAAAGCUUGCCAGUAUUGACUUCAGACAAAAAGAAAAUGAUACACAGAUAUUUAAUGACUCUGUGGUAAAUAGCCAUCCAAAAAGUUCACAAAAUUUACUGCAAUUCAGAUUGCUGACUCCACAGAGGCAUUCAAACUGUAACCAGUGGUUUGAAAAGGGACAUACAGAUGCUGAGUAUGGAGAUAAAGGGCCAGUGAGAAAACUGAGAGAAUCAAAAUCUACUUCACAAACUGUCUACACAGAACGUUUUGGAAAAUCAAUAGAAAAUAGUAGUGAUGAAGUAGAAGAACAAACUGAGAACUUUUCACAAACUCCUGAAAUUCCUAUGUUUUUAAGAACUGAAGCUGUGAAAACACCUGAUUCAUUGGAGAAAAUACAGUUUCCAAAAACCCCGACAUUUGAAAUUAACAGAAAUAGGAAUGCAAUACCUGAAGAUCAAGCACAAAAGGAAUCCCCUGGAUUUUCUUUUCUUAUGAGUUAUACUUCUCAAUCACCUGGACUGAAUUUAUUUGAUUCUUCCAUAUUUGAUUCAGAAAUCUCAUCAGAUCAGUUUAAUGAACGUUAUUCUGAGGGAAAUCUAAAUCCUGUUUCAUCACAACAAGAAAUUGGAAAUUUAUUUAGGAAACCGGAAGGAGAAGAUGCCUUCACGUUUUCAUUUCCAUCGGAUACUUCAACUCGUGCAUUUGGAGCUAGAAAAGAUGAUUUUAGUUUUCCGUUCUCAUUUGAACAGGAUCAAAGCUCAAUACCCUCUUCUUCCUUGAAGGAUUUUUCGUCUUCCUCUCAAAAUACAGCACAGUUUCCUUUUUUUUGACCUG